CUGAUAUUCUCCUCACUUUCGGAGACCCAGACAGAGAGCAACUCCCCAGCGGGUAUCCUAACUGAGCCUAACUUUGACUUGAGCAUAACUGACUGGGACUCAGCACCUCGGAGAGCGACGCACCGCGGCUCUCACACACCGCUCAGCCGAGGGAGAGAGCGCGCAGAGCCCGGGCACCCAUCAGCUCUCCUCCCUGUCAGGACAUGGUGCCCUCCUGCCACGGCUCCUCGGUGGGUCACAAUGGGCUUUAGUUUGUCCACUACAUAAUACCAGCCGAGAAAUGCCCUUUGACAACAGUCUACACAGAGUUGUACUCAGCAUGACGGCGGCACAGGAGACUGAGCGAGUAAGGGAAGACUCGGUGGAGAAACUUGCACAAGACUAAAGCCUUGCAUGUUUGACCAGAGUUGAAGUGUCUUUGCCAAAACGUAAGACUUGAGUUCUUCACACCACCAUGGGGAUAAGGCACAUUUUGUUGCUGCUGAUAUACUUGGACCCGCUAUGCGUGCUGAGCGCCGCUACAGGCGGCAAAAAGCCCAAACCGGCGCCUAGGAAGGCUCCCAAAGCCACGGCGGUCCCCACGGUCGUCCCGCAGAAGACCCCGCAGCCCGCGCCCACCAGCAACCACGACACAUGCCAGGGCUACUACGACGUGAGCGGGCAGUAUGACAAACUGUUCGAGUGCAACAACACGAACCAUCGGUACUGCUGCGGGACGUGCUACCUGCGCUUCUGCUGCGAGUACAAGAAAGAUCGGCUGGACCAGAAAGCCUGUACGAAUUACCACAAGCCAGUGUGGGUGCAGACGGCCGCCCCGUCGCCCAUCCCGACCGGUGAAACGUACGAUCUGAGCAUGGAUCAGACCAGCACGGCGGUCUAUAUCACCUGUGGGAUCAUAGCCUUCAUCAUAGUGCUGGGAGUGUCGGUCAAAGUUGCGUACGACAAAGCUACAGAGCCGCCUCAGGAAAUGAACAUACAUAGAGCCCUUGCAGACAUCCUGAGGCAGCAGGGGCCCAUCCCCAUAUCGCAAUAUGACUGUGAGAAUUUUGCAGUGAUGAACGGCUCACCCAAAGACAACACACCAGUCAGAACCUCAUCCAAGAACCACUACACCCCUGUUCACACCUCCAAGUCUAACCACGGUCUCCACUAUGGGAAGGAGAGCAUCCGCAGCAGUGGAGGCGCUGACCUUCACAACUUCAUCUCCUCUGGCUUUGUGACAUUGGGUCGAGGCCAUCAGAAAGGUACUCAUCAGCACAACUAUAACCAUGUGGCUCUAGGUAGCCCUACACGCACACCUAAGAAUGCUCACCGAUCAUUGAGACGUGAAAACAAUCGGAUAAGCGGCAUCCUGACCUCGCAGACGGAGCCCUACGACCUGUCUUUCUCACGCUCCUUCCAGAGCCUGUCACACCUGCCGCCCUCCUAUGAGGCGGCCAUCAAAGCCGACCUCAACCGGUUCUCAUCCCUGAAGAAACUCACAGAUAAAGACGUCGACGACUACUACACUCGUAAGCGCCACCUGCCCGACCUGGCAGCAAGAGGCACUCUUCCGUUGCAUGUUCUCAAAGUUGGUCAAGACCAGCACCGGGAACAGCAGCAGCUCCAGAGUCAGCCCCCACAGUCCUCCAUCUCCCAAGUCGCUCCCCAGUCACAAUCCUCACAGCAACAGUCUCAGCAAAGGCAGAGGCCCCGUCGCGUCCAGAGGGCCAUGUCCCAGGACCGCGUCCUGUCCCCAGAGAGAGCCCCACAGCAGGAUUACAGCAUGUCUUCUAAUGGUAUGUCCCCCUACGGAGGCAGGAUCCUCUCAGAUGAGCAGCUCCUGUCUGCUGAACGUCUUCGAUCCCAGGAGCGUCUUCUUCCACAGGACCGCCACACCUCCCAAGAUCGCCUUUACUCCAAGGACCGCAUAUACUCUAAGGAUCGACUCAUGUCGCAGGAUCACCUGUACUCAAAAGACCGCCACUACUCUCAAGACCGCCUCUAUUCACAAGAUCGCCUGUACUCACAAGACCACCUCCUAUCCCACGAUCCUCUGCUCUCGCCGGACAAGCUGAUGAUGUCGCUGAAGCGCGGCAUGGUGAGCAGCAUCUCUGGCGGGUUUCGUGGCAGCGACAAGUCAAUGUCACGCGCCAUCUCGCACACAGAUGUGUUCGUACCCACCACACCUCUUAUGGAUCGCUACAAGAUGACCAAAAUGCAUUCCCAUCCCAGUGCCUCAAACAAUGGUGGUGGCAAUGGAGCGCCGGGAGCGGGAACCACCGGGCACUCCAACACUUUAGCCAUGAACCAGACAACAACAAAGAGGCAGGCGUUUGCCUCCAGACGGACUCACACAAUGGAACAGCUCCACUACAUCCCACCACACCACCAGCAACAACAACACCCACAGCACUACCGCACGGGUAGCAAGACUGAGGUGACUGUGUAGGGGCAGCAAAGGACUUCCUGAACUGCACUAGAAGCAGCACAGUUGUGUGCAAGGGGGUGUGGUUAAUAGAGGUACGAGGGUACACUGGCUUUCUUUUAGAGUAGGAUGGUGGUGAUAUCACUGUCUUUGACUGCUCUGGUAAAGUCAGAGAUUCCAGGACCAAGAACAUCCACUAGCUUACAGUGAGAGACUGGGAAAACGCGCUACACUGUACACUGCAGACACUGGCCCAGUUAGAUCUGAAGCCAGAGAGGGUCGUGGAUAAAUUACCCUAUUCAUCCACAGGCUACGGCCUCAUUCUGUGUAUUUUUUAGUGAGAAAACACUGACUGUCUGUUAAAGCCUUUAUCGCCACCCUUUGUCCAACAAAUCUAUCCUGUGACCUAUUCUGGCAAAUCUUAAAGGGCUUUUGCAUGGUUAAACAAACACGACUCUUCCGUGACUUCUGUUGUGCAACACAACGCCACCACAGGAGAUGAACUAGGUUGAGCCUGUAAUAACUUUAUAAAUAUAUAAAUAAAUGAAUAAAAAGCUACCAUUUGUACUCCCUGUCCUACUCAUAGCUGUUGUGAAUCUCAAUGAGAGAAAUUGAAAUGGAUGUUGUUAGCACUUCUAUUUGGUGCCACUGACAGAUGUUCCAUUUCUAAAAAUGAACUGGUUUUGUGGGUUACAAAGCACAAUCAAUAAAAAAUAUUCUGUUCCGUUUAUGAUUCCUUUUGAGUUUGAAUCGUCACGGCUAGCUUGUUUUGUCCUUAAAGCAAUGGCAGUUUUUUUUUUUUGCUUCCAGUAGAUUAGUAGAUUGUAAAUAAGCUAUUCUAGAAGCAGUAUUAUGGACAAGACUGUGCUGGAUGGACUUUGUAUUAGAUUUGUUUUCAAUAGAUUCUUAAAAACAACUAUAAAUCAUCACCAUUUCAUGAGUUCAGAAUAGAAACCCACUUAACCAAGUAUUUGACAGGAUAAAUGAAUACUAUACUGUGUGUGUCUUUGUAGGAAGAGAAGUGAAUGAAUGUGUUGUUGAUAACAGAUCUACCACUGUUCUACCACUGUUCAUAUUUGGAUGUAGACUGUGUUCCAUUGACAUCAGAGAAGUUGAACAACAAAUUAUUCAUGGGAAUUGAUUAUAAUGCUUGUUAUAGUAGGGUCAAAUAAACCAUCCAUAUUUUUCUAAACAUUCAACAUGGUUCCUUGAGAGAUUUCUGUGUCUGUUUUUACUUCAAAAGACUGAUACACUUCAUUUCCAAUUUAGGUUUUACGUAGACAAUCACAGUUAGAUGUUUUGAAGUGGCGGGUCAAAGAACUUCAUUGGUUGAGUCAAUUUGUGCAUGUGGAGUAAGAACCAGUUUUCCUGCAGAAAGUGAAAUCAGUCUGAGUCACUGUAAAUAAGGCUGGAUGUAAUGAAGGAGGUACAUUACACAACCUAAUGGUGUUGGGGUCUAGGUAAGCAACCAACUUACCAGUGUUUCACUGACCUGUUGUCCCAUUAGUAAGAUAAAGACACACCAGCAACCUUGGCCAACAAAAACUGCUUUGUUAAGAUAAGGGAAACAUUGUCAUCAUGGCUAUAAGUAAUCAAAGUUAACUGUUGGUUGGACACAAGUUAGCGUGUUUUUUUUAACCACUGAUUUGGUCCUUUACAGGC